AGAAGUUGUGCUUCGGUGUUUGGUAUAUCAUCAAUUCAAACUCUAAUAAAGGCAGUCAGUAUUUCCUUGUGGCAGCUGCAGGCGCACGUUUCACUCCUGGCUAGUUGUGACGUGACGCGCCUCUUGUACACUGCAGGAACAUACUGAGUAAACCAGGAAAACAUGCGAUUAUACAGUCAAGGAGGAAGAAGUGAACAGUUUCCUUUCCUCCUGGCGAUAUGCAAUUUUUCAAGCUGUUUUCCUGGUCACCGCGUGGCAAGGGACGGGCAGCGGGUAGUAGUGAUAAUUGCUUGGUAUGAGCCACCACAAGCUCUCCCUGCUCACAACUCAACAGGGAACUGAACGUAUUUCCUCUGUGAAAAUAAGCAUUCAUAUACGUACCAUGGCGAGUGGUUGCCGCCUCACAGACAAAAAUGGUGUGAAAUAUUAGGUCCCCCAGGUUAAGAUAAAGAUGCGAAUGUCAUACAGCACACACUCAGUCCGCACAGUCAAAGCGGGGGAUGAACGGUGGCGAUGGCAGCAGAGUAAGCGACAUCUCCUGGUGAUAGCUGUUGCAUUAUUAUUAUUACUACUACUACUACUGUUGGUGUCUGUCGUGGUGCUGCUGUUGUCCGCUCCUCCGUUGCUGCUGCUGCCGCCUUCAGAGUUGUCUAGUCAUUCCUCUGCUCGCAUCACUAAUGAGAGACUUGCAGAGGUCAUCGUGUCGUCUGGCGGUGAGGGAUGGAGCCUUGAAGUGGGGCGGUGUUCCUCGUGUAGCAUGCGCUCCCCGGCCACCCAGAGUGUGAUCUCAAGUGGGAAAAAUAAGAGGAAUGGGAAGGUCGCCGCUGUUCUUCACUCCAGGAAACAGAUCUCAUCGUCUCCACUGCCUGUUGAACGCGGUGUCAGCUUUACUGUCCUCAACCAGCGGGAUGGCUCCGUCAUCUUUCAGAAAGUGUUCCCGCUGUGGCAGUACUGGGCUCACUUUGCAGACCUGGAGUGGCACCUGCAGCGUGUGGCUCCUGGUCGCGUGGUCGUCAUGGCUGUCUCGGUGGACGGCCUGGUGGGGCUACGCCAAGCCGCUCACCUCCUGGCACGCCUCGGCUCCCUCCUCGCUCCUCACCUGCCACCCCAAGCCUGCUGGACAUGGGUCUUCGUUAAGGGUGGACGCACCAUCUCCGAGACCGCCAUCACCGCCUCUCACGGCACUCACCGCUCCCACCUUCACUUGCCGCUGUCAGACAUACUGCUGCCUGCUCCGCACAUGUACCCUGUUAGCAACGCUACUCUGGAGGAAAUCCGUUGGCAGUACUGCUCCCACCGCGGAGUGAUGGGAGGCCUGUGUGACGAGCACAGCCCUGACCCUCUGCCUCCGCCUCCCACGUCCAGAGUGACGCGACAGGCAGCGCUAGCAGGGGUGCCGGUAGUGGUGACUGCGGGCACCAGACACCAGUACCUGUACCAUACCCUCACCACCGUCUUGACUGCCGAUGGCAUAGAGCCGCGGAACCUUCUAGUAGUGCUGGGCGACGCGCUGCAGUCCGCAUCACAACUCCUGCUUCUACUCAACGUGCCCCACGUGACGCUGCCGGUGGAGGCUGGUACCAACUCGAAGCUUUUCCUGUUCUACAGAGACGUGUUUCAACUUCUUGCUGACAGAUAUCCUGACGCUAGUUAUGCCAUCGUUCUUGACGAGGAUGUGGAGUUCUCUUCAGACUUCUUUUCCUUCAUGAGCCAAACGCUUCCUCUCCUGAAGGCGGAUCCAACCUUAUGUUGCGUCAACGGACAUGCAGCGGAAGGAUUUCUCGGUCUGGCCCACGACAACACUCGUGUCUUUCGUGGGUCUGUUCAGGUCGAAUGGGGUUAUGGUAUUACGUUAGACUUCGUGAGGGAAGCUUUGUCGGUGUGGGAGACCAGCGGCCAAAACACGCUUCUGUAUGACUUUUGGUUGUACAUGAAUGUACAGAAGGGCCGGGAAUGUAUAUACCCGGAGGUGAGCCGCACACGCCACUUCGGGAUGGGUGUGAACACGAACUCUUAUCUGAAGGAGGCAGGCCCCCUGUUCAUGCCUCUGGUGCGAGAGGCCCCGGUGACGCUACACAACGUCCAUCGUCUUCAGCUGGACAUGUGGAGAACGGACCUUGCUCACAACAUUACCACUGCUAAGGUGCUUCAAGGCAACCCUUGCCACUCUUCCUUCCUUCCCUUCCCGCCCUCCUCUCUCUCCUAUGUGUUAUAUUACAAGCUGGACAAGGCUGAGUGCUGCAAUAACAUGCCUGAGCCAUACCAGUACGGCAACACGGCCAAAUGUCUGGGCCUGUGGUGGUUAUCAGAGCAAGGUCACCAUCGUGGCGUUACGAUUGCACGAUUCACAUGGAAUUCAACAGUGUAUCUGGUGGGCUGCCCUUACUCCCAGUACUGUCACUUGCGGCCCGCGGCUGUCCCGCUGUGGGAUGUCGAUGCACUCACAGAGGAGGAGUUUGCGCAGAUUGGUAAUUAUGCUUCUCGUGGCAUGAGCAAUGUAACAAUAAUGAAUGAACACGCAACCUCUGAUUCCCUCAUUGCGAUGUUGUCCGGGGCGUGAGGGAAUGCACCCUCUGGCUGCAGUGUCCUGGUUUAUUCCAUAGCUUUACUUGGUUCUUUUUGUUCUAUCUUCAAGUGCAUCAAUAAUGGUUCAUCGAUAAUUGCGGUUCAUCCUUUGUUUGACAACCAUUCUGUCAUAUUCCAUUACUAUAGUGUUACGUUACAACUCCUCACUGUAUCAUUGUCAUAUCCUCACAUGGAGUCCUGUCAUCCCUCUGCAAAUACAUGAAACUAAACUUA